AUGAGUACUCCACAGAAUGCUGCUCCACAAUUACCUAUACCUGGUGAGAAUAACUUAGCAGCUGAUGCUAGUGCUGGUGCUAUCCCAAUUGGUAACUCGCAAGUGACACCUAUGAUACCUUCUCAAAAGAGUGGUAUGGAUCUAUACUUUGAUAACGCUUUAUCUUAUAUGGGCGAACACCCUGUAUUGACAGGUGUUGGUGCAUUUUUCGCAUUAUAUGCUACUGCAGGCAUAUAUAAAACUGUACAAACUAAAAUGAAUGGUGGGAAAUCCGUAGCGACAUAUUUAAAAGGUGGAUUUGAUCCAAAGAUGAAUAAGAAAGAAGCUUUACAAAUUUUAAAUUUGACUGAGAAUAAUUUGAGUAAGAAAAAAUUGAAGGAAGUUCAUAGAAAAAUUAUGUUAGCUAAUCAUCCAGAUAAAGGUGGUUCUCCAUACCUUGCUACUAAGAUCAAUGAAGCUAAGGAUUUCAUUCAAAAGAAAGGAAGUUUGAGUAAGUGA